AUGGUAAUGGCCCCGCAGUCUUUUUUGCAGCAAGGGAACUACAUACAGCAAACUCAAUCUGCAACACCUCAGCAACAGCAAGGUGUUCCUGUUUCAAAGUUGCCUUUCCAACUUAAUGCCCUUCGACCUCAAGAUCAACAACAGCAGCUACUCCACUUCCAGCAACAGCAGCAAAUUCAAGCCCACAUGAACCUGAGAUCAAAUGCCAACAAUGGCAUGCAUCAGGCCAUGCAACCUGGACUUGGCACAUCAGGCAGUUUGGUGGAUGCACGAGGAAGCAAACAAGAUGGUUCAGAGGCUGGUUCUGGUGAUGGCCUAGGAACAUCUGCUUCUGAACGAGGCAGUAGGGAUGCACAAUCGUAA